AUGAGAGCAGUCGAGGGUGGAACACAGGGUGAUGAUCACAAAUGCCGUUUACCACCAGUAUUUCAGUCGCGGUCGUGGACCGGCGCGGCCAUGACGGCAGCACGGUACAGGGGACGUCGCGCGCACUGCCGCGCCCGCCCGCCGCCGCGCGCCGCGUUCCCGCCCGCGCAGGCGCCCAGCACGCCGCCCGCCCAGCGCCUCGCGAAUUGA